GAUGCAGUGGGCCGGCGCCUCCAGCUGCGGAACGUCGCUGCGGAGAAUGUACUAUACAUAACUGCGGUCCAGCUCCCGGCUGGGAGCUGUAUGCGCGUCUACGCCACCGCUUCCCGUACAAAGAAAAUCUGCUGGAUACUACACAUUGGGAGUGCAGUAUGCUGCAACUAUCCAAUCACUGCUUAUUGGUCAACAAAGGCUGCGGAAUGCGGAAGCAAUCACUACCACCGAGAGGGGUAAAGUAACCUGCCUGCUAUAAGUACACACCCAAUCUCCAACCGUCGUCCCAGUAUCUACAUACUACACAAAUCUACCCGCCAUGGCCUCACCAACUCCUCUGGAUCUCCCCGGACCCAGCGUCGCCCUGCUGUGCGCCAACACUGCUUCCUGCAGCAACCGCGCAAAGAGUGCCUGCGGGGGAUGUCAGCUCGUAAAGUACUGUGGCAAGCCCUGCCAAACCGCGCACUGGCCAACCCACAAGCCCGACUGCAAGUCGAAGCUCCACAAGGAUUCCUGGGAUCCUGAAUGGUUUACUAGCGGUCGUACGCCCACGUUUAUCGUGGGUGAGAAUGAAUCGAUACAUGAAACAUGCGGGUUGAACAAAUACCUUUGGGGCAAUACGCCGGCUUUCGAUCAUGUAAAGCUCGAGAAGAACGAGGGGACGCAGUGGGGGAAGCCCUUGGAUCUAAUGUUCGCUGCGUCUGGAGAUCUCAGGAACGUCAUCGUCACCAUCAACAGCCUGCCCGAGGCCUACCCGAAGCCGAUCAAUGUUGUGAUCAACGACCGCGACAUGCACAUCACGCUGCGGAAUCUCCUGUUGCUACUCACGUUCGCGGCCUUCUCCCCCGCCGAGUCGGCAGAGAUGGCAAUCCACCUCUGGUAUUCCGCCAAGCUGCCAGCCGUGGCCCUCGAAUCACUGCUUCACUGCUUUUCCGAGCAGCUCCAGAAAAUCAAAACACACAUGUCUAAAGCGCCCGGGGCUGCGGGAACAGUGCUGCUCUCUACGACGCUCACGUUGGGCAAAAAAUCGAAGCUGCAUGCCGUGAUGCCGAGGUCGUACUGGAGCGAGUUGUUCGGUAUCUUGGAGUUUCGGCUGGGACCAGAGGAGGCUGAGAGGAGCAGGAAUGCUGUCAUGAUGAGUUCGGAUCGGCUUGAUAACCGUGAGAGACAUCUUGUUGUUAUUCCUCCGCAUUCGAGAUUGCCGAUGAUGCGGGCUCGUACGGAUGGCUUGUUACUCCCCUUUGGGGCGGAUAAGAGCAAGUUUACGGAGACCAAUAUAACUCUCCAUGACAUCCACGGCAGCGGCUGGCUCCUCAACGACUGCAUGGAACCCCUGAGCAGCUGGGACGUCCCCUCUGUCCUCGCCACCGGCGCCGCCCACGAUGUUCCGAAGAACGACACGUACGGAGCGCUAUUCUUCCACCUGCUGGAUCACUUCACGACCUUCUCGACGCGGCUGCAGCAGGGCACCAUCAACUUCACGCUCCUCACCGUCGAUGCGCGCAAGCUCCCACCCGCCCUCGCUGAUUCUCGCAAAAAGCACGGCCUCACGCGCUUCGACCGCAUCGACGUCUCGAACAUCACCGACCUCUGCUGGGUUGGGCUCCCGGACACACUUUCCCUCCUCGGCCCACUACUAAAACUCCCCUCCGAAAACCCCCACGCCACACUCCUAAGCCUCUUCCUCAACUACCACGCCAGCGCAAUAAACACGCAGCUCAACGCCGCCGAGGCCCGUGCCGCCAGGAAUCUGCUCCGCGACACCAUGCGCCCCCUGCGCGGCAGGUACGAUCCGCAAGUGGUGCGGUACACGGCCCAGCAAAGCCUGUUCCGGGACAACGACAAGCUGUGGGCAGCGUACAUACGCAAACAUGAGUUCCGCGAGGCGGCUGCGCGCGCGGGUAUGCAAAUGCGCGAUGCGGGGAGGAUCGUGGAGGCUACCCCGUUCAAGUUGGAUACGAAGAGGGGAAAGGAUCAGGUGCUGAAACAGCUGGGGCUCCAGGAGUUGGCACAUUUGUCGGGCCAUGAGAGAUAUGUUGAGUGGAUUCGUGAGGGGUAGUGGGGGACGCUGGGGAUGGAUGUGGGAUACCUACUUAUUAUCUAGCUUAUCUGAAAGCAAUUAUCUAUAGCGGGUCAUUUGCUACCUAGAACGUCAGACAUCUGAAUAAAUCGGGAUUCGGCC